CGUUCGCCGCCAGCGUCUCGCGUUCUCCAACGGACGGCUAUAAAAUAGCAAUCGAGUCCGAGAAAGCUCGAUCUUGAGGAAUCUGUGUACAGAGGCAUGGCGUCGGCGGCGGCGGCGGCGAUGGGAGAUCGGAGUUUAGAGGGCAAGGUGGUGAUGGUCACCGGCGCUUCUUCCGGCAUCGGCCGGGAGAUCUGCCUCGACCUCGCCGACGGCGGGUGCAAGAUCGUCGCAGCCGCGAGGAGACUCCAGCGUCUCCUGUCCCUCUGCGACGAAAUCAACGGCUCCUCCGCGGGAACCGGAAGUGUGCGCGCGGUGGCCGUCGAGCUCGACGUCGGCAGCGGCAGCGCCGCCAUCGAGGCCGCGGUGAAGGCAGCGUGGGAGGCCUUCGGCCACGUCGACGUCCUGGUGAACAACGCCGGCGUCAGGGGUGGCGUUUACUCGUCGCUAGAUUGGACUGAAGCCGACUGGAAUACCAACAUGAACACGAACCUCACCGGCUUGUGGCUCGUCACCAAGCACCUCUGCCACCGAAUGCGCGUCGACGGCCGGUACCGGGGCUCGGUCAUCAACAUCUCCUCCAUUGCCGGGCUGCAACGCGGCCAACUCCCUGGCUCUCUCGCCUACUCGGUCUCCAAAACGGCUGUCAAUUCGCUCACUAGGGUGAUGGCAUUGGAGCUUGGAGUUUAUGGGAUUAGGGUGAACUCAAUAUGUCCAGGGCUCUUCAAGUCAGAGAUAACUAAGCGGUUGAUGGAAAAGGCGUGGCUUGGAAAGGUGGCAGAGAAGACGGUGCCCCUGAGGACAUUCGGCACCGUGAACCCGGCUGUGACUUCGGCUAUCCGCUACCUGAUCAGCGAUGCAUCAGAGUACGUGACUGGGAAUGAAUUCGUGGUGGACGCCGGCGCAACCCUUCCCGGCAUCCCCAUCUUCUCCUGCCUUUGAUGUAACACUAAAAUAUAUUAAUAGAACUUGCAUCAUACAAGUGCCUUGUUGCAUCUACAACAGUAGAGGACACAUCUGCAAUCGUUGCAACAACAUUUAUUGCCACCAUUUUGAACUGGAAAUCGAAGGAAAUGGAAUGAACUCAAUUUCUAUGGAGUGACCAGAGAUCCAUUUGGAUCUUGAACAAUUUGUUGCUGAAGAGCAGCAUUGGCAGGAAACAAUCCGCAUUGUGAUGUUUGCGCCAUCAGUUGAUCCAACAGCACCAAAGCCGCCAUGGCUUCCACCAUUGGAACCGCUGUAAGAUCGAAGAUCAUAUUCAGAUGUGAU